AAUGGGUGGGUGAUGAGCGUAGUGGCCGAUGAAAUGAACCUGUUUGUGUGCCACCAGUUCAAUCUGGCCCAUGAUCAUGACCCCAGAGGGAGCAUGGGGGGUGUUAUGGGCUCAGGCUUCUCUUCCUCCUUCGGAUAUGGAUUCGGCGACAGUUCGCGGAAGGACGCCUUCUCCCUCUCUGUCAGAUCACUGAGGCUGAACAUGUGUCGCAACUCAGUGCUGCACAUGCUCUGGUCCCCUCCCCCUUCAACCGCCGCCUCAGCCUCAUCCGACCCACUACAGGGGGGCUACCCAUUUCACCCUCCGCCUCAUAUUGUUCCAGACAACCCAUCACGCUCUGGAUCACGCGACACUAAUGUAACCGCGGGCAGAUACAGAUUCAUCGACCACCUGUUAAUUGUCGAUUUCGGAGAAUGUCAUUUUAAGUUCGACAUUCGCAAACUGAACGAGCUGAGAACUUUUCUCAAGUUUUGGUACCGCAAGAACCUCAUGACUCGGGCAUUCACCGCCACCGCUCCCGAGGAAGACGACAUCUCCAUCCCCGACAUGGACGACUAUCCCGCAACGGCUCCUUUUUACACGGAGGCGGGGGAUGAUUUGGGGGGCUGGUAUAGCGGGGACGAUGGUGCAAAGGGGCCUGCAGACAUAAGAAGGCGUUCUACCCCUCAGCAGAAGAGAAAAUCGACCAAAACUUACGAAGGACUGCCUUCAUCGAUUACGGCCAAUCGAAAGAGCACUUUGUUCAAGUACGGCGGGCGACUGUUGAGCAGUCCCGUGUUGACCGGAAGUGACAGCAGAUCGGGGGGAGGGGGAGGGGGAGGGGGCUCGCGUAGCUUCUCCUCCAACAGCUGCCCCACUCUUCAGCAGCAGCAGCAGUUGCGGGUUAAGUGGGAGUCGAAUGUGAGGAUAGCUGUGAACUUCCCGUUUGUGGAGGUGAAUCUGCAGCUGGAGAGUUUCCUGGGCAGCAUCAAAGUGAGGACUGAGCGACUGUGUGCCAAUGGACUGCUCCAUCUGGACAGCACCAGCAACAAAGUCGCCUCAACUAACCUCACUCUAGGCAGAUCUGAGUUGUCCUCGAUUGCAGCUGCGAUCAACCCCUCGAUCCAACUGACAGACUGGAAUGUGCAACUUACAAUGAGGAGACCCCCUCAGGGAGAGGAGCAAGGGGAGGGGGAGGUGGAGGGGGAGGAGCCGACACAUCGUCUGCACGUGCACCUGGCGCAGAGUGACUGCAGACUGAACUACAAGAGCAUCCCGAUCCUCAUGCUCAGCUGUCAACACCUCAAGAUGCUCCUCACAGACCACUGGUCAACAACAACCCUAACUACCACUGACUCCUCCUCUUCAGAUGCAGACAGAAGCAGUGCUGAUGAUGGGAAUAAGAAGAAGAGGAGAAGGAGAGGAAGAAGGAGACUGUGUCUGAGGGGGGAUGUGGGGUGGGAUUGUGCCCAAGUGUUGGCUGUCCAGAGCACCCUGUCAGACCUCAUCAUUGUCAAGUACCGCCUCAUGCACGUCUACAGUGUCUACUUCAACACUAGACCCAACAACAAGUCCCCUGCAGCUUCCAGAUCCCACUCACUGGGCAGUAAUCCGGCGGGCACUCAGCAGCCUCAGCAGCCUCAGCAGCAGCAGCAGCAGGGGUACAGGGGCUUCGCCAGCCACAGUGGCCAGCGGAGGUCCAUGGACACUGCCCAGAGUGUGUCCUCGUCACACAGAAAACUGGACUGGCGUCGUCACUGGCCCCAGGUGCUGUCACAGAUGCAGCAAACAAGUCCCCCUCACGGUGUAGGGGUGAAUAACUGCAGUACGGCCACAGGUAGGGCUGCUCCUGCUGCUGCGAAUAGAGUAAACAACAGAGGGGGCAUCAGGCAGCUCGGGCGGGCAAUGGGACUCAAAUGGGGGCAGGAUGCCACAGACAUGGAACUCUCUGGGCAGGUGGAGAUUAGGGGGGAUGAGUUGAGUGUGGUGGUGAUGGAAGGGGACAUCAGGAGCACCCGGUGGCUGACCCUCUCCCUCUCCCAGCCACUGCUCACAUUCGACACCCAUUGCAACUCCUGUCCCCACCCUCGCCACACUCACAGUCUAAACAACAACAACAAAAACAACACAAACAGCAGCAACAAGCAAAACAAAACGAACACUGCGUCCGGCGGCACCCACCCCAACAACCACCACAGAGAAGGGUGGCCGUCUAGUGACGUGGACAGUGAAGGGGGUGGGGUGGUGGUGGUGAAGCAGAGCCUCUCUGCCCGUCUGCUGCAUGACCCCUAUGCCACCACAGACAAAAAGAGGGACUUGAUGAUGGCAGAGGUGAAGUUGUGCCACCGAGUGGGCGAUGGAUCAUGUCCAGUCAUGGUCUCCAGCUCAGUCCACGAGUGGUUCGCACACACACUCUACUAUACACCCCCAGACAAAUCGAAAGCGCGUUCUGUCUACUACAAAGUGGAGAGCUCUCUCAUAGCCUCUCUGCCUCGACUGGAAACGAGUCUGCGGACGGAGCAGGUGCAGACAAUGGGCGACCCGAACAGCCUCCUUCCUCAGGACGUGGCGGCGGCGGCCACUUUCAUCGGCAGCACCAGUCGUCGCUCCCCUCCGCAGCCGACCCCUGUGCGUCCCCGAGUGGAGUGCGACUUCUCGGCAGUGCUGCACCAGCCGAUGCAGGUGGCUCUCGACCCCCAGUACAUAGAGGUGAUCCGCAAACUAAUCAAGGACUGCGGCCAGCGAGUCAAGAGUGCCACAUCAGACUCUAAAGGUGCUCCUAGUGCGAUGAGGAAGGCGCCCAAACCGGGAGACCCACGGGAGUACAAUGUGAGGGAAUGGACAUUCGAUCCCUCUGUCAAGUUCAUCACGAACACGACCAGCAGCACUGACCCCCCCGGGAUGAACUGGGUGUGGCGCAAACUGGGCAUAGAGAACUGCAAACACAGUGUGCCCAAGUUCAGCCAGAGGACUGUGAUGGACCCCCUUGACAGUGCAGUGGCCCGGGCAGUGCUGUACGACAUGAACAAGUUGUCCCUGCUGCACCAUAAACUGCCAGAUGUGGUCGAACAGAAGAAGGAGAAGAAGGAUAAGAAGAAGAAGAAGUGAACAGCAGACAGGCUAUUCAUAUAACACACACGAAUGAUGAAGCAGUCAAGGCGAUUGGAAGUGAAUUCAGUUGUCUUCGGAGAAGCAAACAAAAAUGAUCCAUCAAGCAUUCAACAAAACUUUGAUUGAUUGAAGAUGUUAGGUCUGCGAAUGACGAUGAUCGCAUCGAUUAUGCAGAAGAAAAAGACUUUAAAACAUAGAUAACUGAAAAAUACAGACUACUGACCACUGAAAGUGAUUCCUGAUUUGAAAUUCGAUAAACAGACUGAGUUUGUGAUCUCUUUACAAUUGAUAUAUCUGUUUGCUACUGUAAAAUGUCUCUCAGAGGCAAUUUCUUCAGAAGCUUACAGACAACGCCGAAAACUUCCAUCUGCUGAAGUUCGUGGGCUGAAUGUAUAUUUAAUGCCACAUUUUUUGUCAACAUCGGCAACAUAAUUGGUCAAA